AUGGCUAUGACACCAGAGAUUACCUGCAAUUUGCUUGCCACACUUGCGCACCCGCCCUGGACGAAAGCAUUAAGGCAAAAUCUUUUGCGAUUCAACACCCUACCAGCGGAGCUUCAGUUUCAGGUUCUUACUUUUUGCUCUGCCUCUACUCUCUUUCAGCUUAUGAGAGUGUCCUUUAGUCUCCGAAAAGAAGCGUGUAAGCUUUUUUGGGCCUAUUCAGACACGUACUUUGUUAUCGAGGCAGAUUGGCUCCUUGAUGGUGGCUACGCUGGCUACACUAGCAACGAUUUGGCUUUUCUAGCCAAGGUGCAGAAUAUUCAGAUUGAUUAUGAUCGUGAAGUACGGGACAAAAUCUGCCUUUUGCGUAAUGGAAUUGAGGAAAUCCAGCAAGAUCGAAUCGAACACUUCUGGAAGAUGUUUCAAGAGAGGUGUCCAAGGGCAAAGAGAGUGAUUAUUAACGAGGUUUGGGUGUUGAUGAAAAUAAGAGAAGAGAGACCUUGUAUUGCAAAAGAACUUCAGCACCUAGUUCGAUCGUCACCCCCUGGGAUUCUAGCCUCUGCAUUUAUUAUCGAGAAAGCCAACGUUCCAGCAGAUAUAUGUGCAAGUGGCCCAUCUACGCAGAAUUUGCAAAGAGCAGUGUACCAACUGUGUCCAGACGGUUCAUGGAAGGAGGGAAAGCUAGGGCAACACUGGAAGGCAGUCCUUGUGCCUGCAAAGCGAUUUUCAGGCCCAGUAGGACGCAUUUACGAACUCCGGUAUAGAGACUCACUUCUUGAUUUGAAAUGGUGGGGGCUGUGGAUUACUGUAGUAGAGGCUUUGGAUCGCUGUCAUUUUGACAAGGGCAGGAACUGGCCUUUCUCUUGUCCAAUGGAUGGGUGUAAUGUGUAUUUUCAAGUGGCAGGGGAGUGGACGAUGCAUGCGGCGGAGUUUCACAGUCAAGAUUUGGUAGAUGUUUACGGUCUUAAGAUGCUUCCACAGGGUAGUAUUCAAGACGAACUUAGGUAUCGCAGGGCGAAGCUAGUAGAGAAGAAAGAUAAAAUUGAUGAAGAGAGUAGAAAGAUACAGCAGCAGUGGAAUAGAGGAGGGCAGGAACAGCGAAGCGAGAUGAAGCGUAUGUGGCAGCAGCAGCUAAGCAAUGAUCCAGAAUGGGAGACAGGAGGAGAGGAUUGGUCCAGCAACCGAAUUUGGCAAGAAAUAAAUCGAACGCUUCAGGAAGGAGAGGCAAAGUUGAGUAUUGAGAGUCAAGUAUAGAUCUAGAGGUAUUCUGCAGAGCAAUGUAUAGUCCUUGAAAAGAUUUCAGCCUAAGACCGCG